UUCAGGGCGACAAGUGACUAAGAGGAACGAGGCCACGUCUGUGUGUGGGAAGGCGGGUCAGUCAGGGUGGAACAGGGAGGGGCAAGGAAAGGGCUACAGGUACCGGCUGGGACAACUUGCACCCGCAGCCUUUAGCAAAAACUGUUUUCCGGUGAUUCCUUACUUCCUGCCUUUCCGCUCGUCGUUGUACUCACUAACACUGAACUCUCUGAUUGCGGACCUGCGCGGCCGGUAGGUGUGGAGUUGUAGCAGGAGGAUAAAGUGGUGACAGCAGUGCAGGUAAGUGCAUUGGACUGCACCUGUGUGUGACUAUGAACAAUGCAUUUGCUGCAGAGAGAAACUGCCAUUCUGAAGAGGAAGAAGAUUUUAUGGCUGGAGGAGACUUAGGAGAAGGUUUUGGGAGAAAGCCAGGAGGCCUGUAUGAUGGAUCAGUGAAUCACAUGGCAGAGACAUUUAAAAUAAGAAGGGCGUCAGACAAUCAGGGUCACUAUCAGCUUGUAAAGAAGAGUGAAGAUUCUGGGACUGCAAGUUGUUCUGUGUUAAGAAACAGUGUCUCUGAGGCCAAGACCACACAUAAGUUUGGGCAAAUAGGAUACUCGAGAUGCAGACAAAAUAGUAUAGAUGCAAGUUCAGAAGUGUCUAAUGAAGAGCUAAAGCAGCGGCUUCAAGAAUUAACAGAGGAGGUAGAUUUUUUAAGAAUAGAACUUGAGGCAUCUCAGAGGCAGCUCAAUGGAAAAGAUGAAGCACUAAAGCUGCUACAAAGCAUGGCUAUGUUAGAUAAAGCUACAAGUCACACAAAGGAAAUGCUUCAAAAGGCUGAGCAGGAACGGAGGACUUUGGAAAAGGAGAUCAGUGUUUUGGAGUGGGAAAUUCAGUUUGAUCAGGUCAGACUUAAAAACCUAGAAGAAACUUGGAAAGAGAAAUAUGAGCGAGUCCUCUGUGAAAAUGCAACAAUCAAAGAAACUCUAGAGUUCCGGACGAAUGAAAUGAAGUCACUCAAGUCUGAGAAUACAAUUCUAAAUCAGCAGUGCCAGGAACUUCUUGCAAUGCUUGAUGUAAACCAGCAGAAAGUAUUCCAGGACAACAUGUCUCUAAAUAAAAGCAGUUUAGCAGACGUCACAGCAGUUGAACUUGCAGUGCUUGGCGCCUGUACCUGCAGCGAUGGGGGACCUUGCUCCUGUGCCAAAAUUUCUGCUGCUACUCGUAAACAGCUGCUUCAGCUCAGUCAUGAGCUUGAAGCAGAGAAGAAGAGUAAAGAAGAAGCAUAUAUAAUGGCGGACGGUUUCCGAAUUGCCUUUGAGCAGCAGUUGAAGCGUAGAAAUGAUGUGGGUUUGCAGCUAGAUGAUAUGGAGAAGCUCUGUAAAAAGGGAAACAAAAUAUUACCCAACUGGAAGCUCCUUAAAGAAAAUGGACACCUAUUUUCAAGAGAAAGUUACAAAGGCUUAGGACAGAAAUUAAAGAGCAUGCUAAUUUCACCUGCCGACUGUAAAAAUGUAGAAAGCCUGGAUGAACCACAAGAGAUCCUCAAGAAACUAAUAGAUUUGCUUAAUGAUAAAGAAGAGGCAUUAGCUCAUCAAAGGAAAGUAAGCUAUAUGCUUGCACGGACCAUGGAAGAAAAGGUAGAUCCAGCAACAAUCACAAAGAGUGACGCUGAAAGAGAUCUGUGUGCAAAUAAUUUACAACAUAACAGUUUAGAUAAAAGACUGACAACUCACCAUUGCACGUGUCUUACAUAUGGCACUUCAUCCGAUUCUCUGGAUUCAGCUGAGGGCAACAUAUCACUGGAGGAGUCUAAAAGGACAAUUCAAACCUUAUUUUCUUCCCUGCCAAAGGAAUCAUCACCUAAACUUGCCUGUGUACAAACUACAGAGUCAAGUGCUGAGCGUGACACAGAGCCAGCUGGAGAGAAGCACACUGACACAUAAAAUAGAUUAGAGAGCUUAUAAUUAAUGACUAGAUAUUUUUGCUAUACAGUUCUGAAGAAGUUUACAGAAUAUGCACCUAAUAAGCACAGUAAAUUAGUUUGGCCAGUAUAUUGAAAUAUAGGACCAUUUGUGCAUUGCCAUUUUAAAAUAUUUGUAACAAAUUUUAAAAAAAAUAGUAUUUAUUUUUA